AUGGCUACCCCUAGUGUCCUCGCUUUUGACGCUAAGGGUCGGGCCAUUGACUUUGACGUCUGGGUAGAUGACCUGCAGCUUUUCCUACACUGGGAUAGGGCAGACGGUCUCUCACUCUUUGACCUCACUUCUGGUGCCUCUCCUGCCCCUGCUGCUAAUGCUGACGCCACUGUUCGCUCAAAGUGGGCCACACGCAAUGCUGCUGCACGUCUUGCUGUGCGUCGCCACCUGCCUACCUCUGAGCGUGCACACUUUAGCCAGUACAAGAGUGCUCAGACCUUGUACGACGCUGUAGUUGCACGCUACUCCUCCCCUGCCACUUUUGCACUGAGCCGCCUCAUGCUACCAUACCUCUUCCCUGACCUUGCUGCCUUUCCCACAGUCGCUGACCUCAUCACGCACCUCCGCACUAGUGACUCUCACUAUCGCGCUACGCUUCCUGCUGAGUUCUGCGCCAAGAACCCCCCCCCCCCCCCCCCCCAUGUCGGCGCUGCGUCGGCCCCGAGCGGGAGACGCCGCACCGGCAAGGGCAAGGGGGGACAGGGCGCUGGAGGGGCUGGAGGGGGUGGCGGAGGUGGCGGUGGCGGCAAUGGAGGGGGUGGGGGUGGUGGUGGGAGUGGUGGCGGGGGUGGAGGUGUCGGUGGCGGCAGUGGAGGCGGAGGCGGAGGCGGCAGUGGCGGUGGGGGCGGAGGUGGCGGAGGUGGCGGAGGUGGCGGCGGAGGAGGAGGCGGCGGCGGAAGAGGCGGAGCUGGUCGGGGUGGCGCUGCGCAGAGGGUCGGCUUCGGUGGUGGUCAGCGCCAGCAGCAGCAGCGCACUCGUGACAUCCCCCCCCCUCAGCAGCUCCGUGAGUGGUACACUACACGCCAGCGGGGUGAGGGUACUGGUCCGUGCACCUACGUUCUACGCACCGGCGACCGCGCGGGUGAGCAGUGCGGGGGUGCGCACUCCACCCAGCGCUGCUUUGGCCGCCUGACGGACGCUUGGCGUCACCAGUUCCCUGAGGCCAUUGAGAUCCCUCGCUGGGGCGAGCUGUCUAGGGUGGGAGUAGCUAUCUUUGACCUUGACUUUGAUGCUAUUCUUCCUGCCAUGUAUGCUGUGACUAUUAGUGAUGAGGGUGACUGUUACCGGUGCUUUCCGCCCGACCCGGGCAUUGAGACUGCUGCUCUAGGUACUGGUGAAGCUGCUGCUCUAGGUGCUAGCGAGGCUGUUGCUCUAGGUGCCAAUGCGUCUGCUUCCUCAAAUGCUGGUAAGUUUGCUCUCUCAGGUACCGCGCCGGCUUCGGCCUCCCACACCUUCACCCUUGACUCGGGGGCUUCUCGCUCCUUCUUUCGAGACCGCACCACACUCACGCCGCUUGGUCGGCCAGUUGCAGUCUCUCUGGCAGACCCCUCUGGGGGUCCUGUCCUUGCUCACUUCUCCACUGUCCUCCCGUGUCCGGCGGCCCCCUCUGGCACCCUAUCUGGUCUUUACCUCCCCUCGUUUUCUACGAACUUGGUGAGUGGUGCUGACCUACAGGAUGCGGGGGUUCACCAAUUCACUCCUGCGAGUCAGCGGGUGACCCACUGCACGGACGCUCGGACAGGCCGACACCUGGCCACGUUUACACGUCGGCCGGGGUUGAGCCUGUACACACUGACCACUGAGUCUCCUCCAGUCACUACGUCUGGUCAGGUAGCUGCGUCAGGUCAGCACAACCGCCUUGGUCACCCCUCCCUGCUUCGUCUCCGAGGCAUGGCCUCUCGUGUCCUUGUCUCUGGUCUUCCCCGGUCCCUCCCUCCCCUUCCCCCGGGGCCUGCCCCUGCCUGCGUCCCCUGCGUCGAGGGGCGGCAGCAUGCUGCCCCUCACUCCUCCCAGUUUCCUCUGAUAGAGGCCCCGCUGCAGACGCUUCACAUGGACGUGUGGGGCCCAGCCCGGAUCCGUGGACAGGGUCACGAGCGCUACUUCCUGCUUGUGGUUGACGACUACUCGCGUUACACCACAGUCUUCCCCUUGCGGAGCAAGGAUCAACCUUCAGCCCAGGGUCUCCAUGCCGAAGACCUCCCCAGCUUUGCUUUGGACGGGAAGGUUGGCGAUGCGUCUUCGUUCCGUGUCCGGGGAUCUCGGGCGUUUGUCCGCGACUUGUCUGCGGACAAGCUGUCCCCUCGUGCUACUCCUUGCGUCUUCCUUGGCUUCCCCCCUGACGCGCCUGGGUGGCAGUUCUACCACCCCACCUCUCGCCGUGUUCUGUCCUCCCAGGACGUCACGUUUGACGAGUCGGUCCAUUUCUACCGCCUCUUCCCCUACCGCACUCCGUCCCUCCCCCUGCCACCGCUCUUCCUUGUGCCAGGUCCCCCCCCGGUAGACCCCCUCCUCCCUCAGGGUCCUGCCCCUUCAGGUGUGUCCCAGGUAGACGCAGUCGAGCCUGUCAAGGUUGCUGGUGACUCUGGUGCUGCUGAGGGUGCUGAGCCUGGGGGUGCUGACUCAGGGGGUGCUGAGCGUGUGGCUUGA